AUGAAGAUAGAAGUAGAAGCAAGAGAGCCGCACAUCAAUGACCAACGUGGAAGAAGCAGUAUGAAAGUGUUAGCAGUAUCUUAUCAGACAACAGUGCUCAACGCGUCGCCUGGGCCACACCCUACGGCCUCUCUCUGCCAACACCUCAACUGGGAGGACGCUUCCAAGUCCACAAGAACGGGAGCCUGGAGCUGCGUGGAGUGAGGAAGAUAGACCAGGGUCAGUAUGUACAGUACCAGUCAAAGGUUUGGACACACCUACUCAUUCAACGGUUUUUCUUAUUUUUUUACUAUUUUCUACAUUGUAGAAUAGUAGUGAAGACAUCAAAACUAUAAAAUAACACAUAUGGAAUCAUGUAGUAACCCAAAAAGUGUUAAACAAAUCAAAAUAUAUUUUAUAUUUGAGUUUCUUCAAAGUAGCCACCCUUUGCCUUGAUGACAGCUUUGCACACUCAUGGCAUUCUCACAACCAGCUUCAUGAGGUAGUCACCUGGAAUACAUUUCAAUUAACAGGUGAGCCUUGUUAAAAGUUUAUUUGUGGAAUUUAUUUCCUUCUUAAUGCAUUUGAGCCAAUCAGUUGUGUUGUGACAAGGCAGGGGUGGUAUACAGAAGAUAGCCCUAUUUGAUAAAAGACCAAGUCCAUAUUAUGGCAAGAACAGCCCAAAUAAGCAAAGACAAAUGACAGUCCAUCAUUACUUUAAGACAUGAAGGUCAUUCAAUGCGGAAAUAGUCAAGAACUUUGAAAGUUUAUUCAAGUGCAGUCGCAAAAACCAUCAAGCGCUAUGAUGAAACUGAAACUCAUGAGACCCGGCACAGGAAAGGAAGACCCAGAGUUACCUAAGCUGCAGAUGAUAAGUUCAUUAGAGGUACCAGCCUCAGAAAUUGCAGCCCAAAUAAAUGCUUCACAGAGUUCAAGUAACAGACACAUCUCAACAUCAACUCUUCAGAGGAGACUGUCUUGAAUCAGGCCUUCAUGGUCGAAUUGCUGCAAAUAAACCACUACUAAAGGACAGCAAUAAGAAGAAGAGACUUGCUUGGGCCAAGAAACACGAGCAAUGGACAUUCGACCUGUGGAAAUCUGUCCUUUGGUCUGGAGUUCAAAUUGGAGAUUUUUGGUUCCAACCGCUGUGUCUUUGUGAGACGCAGAGUAGGUGAACGGAUGAUCUCCGCAUGUGUAGUUCCCACCGUGAAGCAUGGAGGAGGAGGUGUUAUGGUGUAGGGGUGAUUUGCUGGUGACACUGUCUCUGAUUUAUUUAGAAUUCAAGGCACACUUAACCAGCAUGGCUACCACAGCAUUCUGCAGCGAUACGCCAUCCCGUCUGGUUUGGGCUUAGUGGGACUAUCAUUUGUUUUUCAUCAGGACAAUGACCCAAAAAACCUACAGGCUGUGUAAGGGCUAUUUGACCAUGAAGGAGAGUGAUGGAGUUCUGCAUCAGAUGACCUGGCCUCCACAAUAUCCCGACCUCUAACCAAUUGAGAUGGUUUAUGUAGCAGGUGAGGAGGACGGAGUCAGGCGCAGGAGGUGUGAAUCACAGAAUAUGGUUUAUUCGUCCAGUACAGCAGUUCGCAGCAACACAAAAGCCAAAUACAGUGCGACUUCAAUGCGCGCUGGGGAAACAAAACACACGGGUGAAUAUCCCGACGACAAAAGUAACAUGAAUGCUCAACCGAGCUAGCGACACCUCCACAUGGAAACAAUCACACACAAAGACAUGGGGGGCAGAGGGAAUACUUAUACAGGGACUGAUUAGGUUAUGAACCAGGUGUGUGUAAAAAACAAGUCAAAACAAAUGGAAUGAUGAGAUGAGGAGCGGCAGUGGCUAGAAGGCCGGUGACGACGAACGCCGAACCCUGCCCGAACAAGGAGAGGAGGCAGCUUCGGAGGAAGUCGUGAUAGUUUGGGAUGAGUUGGACCUCAGUGUGAAGGAAAAGCAGCCAACAAGUGCUCAGCAUAUGUGGGAACUCCUACAAGACUGUUGGAAAAUAAUUCCAGGUGAAGCUGGUUGAGAGAAUGCCAAGAGUGUGCAAAGUUUGUUUGGAUCCUGCCAAACGGCACAGUUCUGUCGCCUGGCACUAGACUCCAAUGCUUCACUCACUAUCCAGGAAACGGGACGUUGCGCAUCGCCCAACCAGUGACAAUUGACAAAGGUGUUUAUCGUUGUUUGGCCAAAAACGUGGCUGGGACAGCAGAGAAGCGAUAUGCUCUCGAACCAGGAAGAAAGCCUGUGAUUCUAGGCACAACAGGGGGCAUGAAGAUCACGUUUGGCCAAAUUCUGAGCCUGCCGUGCUCAUUGGAUGGCUGACCACAGGCCUUGAUUACAUGGACCCUACCAAACGGCCUGGUCCUGGACAAGCCCCAGGUUAGUGGGAUAAUUACUUUUUCAUCAAACGGCACACUCCAACUCAGAUAGGUUGUCACAUUUGACAGGGGAAACUACGUCUGCAAGGCCACCAACACAUUUGGAUCAUCUACGUUUUCAUACCCAGUUGCAGUUAUGGUGUAUCCUCCACGUAUCACAAACCAUCACUAGAGUCCACAGGGGCUCGCCAGUAACAUUUAACUACAUACAGUGCCUUGCAAAAGUAUUCAGCCCCCUUGGUGUUUUUCCUAUUUUGUUGCAUUACAACCUGUAAUUUAAAUGGAUUUUUAUUUUUAUUUCAUGUAAUGGACAUACACAAAACAGUCCAAAUUGAUGAAAUGAAAUGAAAAAAAGUACUUGUUUCAAAAAAUUCUAAAAAAUAAAUAACUAAAAAGUGGUGCGUGCAUAUGUAUUCACCUCCUUUGCUAUGAAACCACUAAAUAAGAUCUGGUGCAACCAAUUACCUUCAGAAGUCACAUAAUUAGUUAAAUAAAGUCCACCUGUGUGCAAUCUAAGUGUCACAUGAUCUGUCACAUGUUUUCAGUAUACAUCUGUUCUGAAAGGCCCCAGAGUCUGCAACACCACUAAGCAAGGGGCAACAACAAGCAAGCUGCACAAUGAAGACCAAGGAGCUCUCCAAACAGGUCAGGGACAAAGUUGUGGAGAAGUACAGAUCAGGGUUGGGUUAAAAAAAUAUAUCAAAUACUUUGAACAUCCCACGGAGCACCAUUAAAUCCAUUAUAAAAAAAUGGAAAGAAUAUGGCACCACAACAAACCUGCCAGGCAAGGACGGCAUUAAUCAGAGAGGCAACAAAGAGACCAAAGAUAACACUGAAGGAGCUGCAAAGCUCCACAGCGGAGAUUGGAGUAUCUGUCCAUAGGACCACUUUAAGCCUUACACUCCACAGAGCUGGGCUUUACGGAAGAGUGGCCAGAAAAAAGCCAUUGCUUAAAGAAACAAAUAAGCAAACACAUUUGGUGUUCGCCAAAAGGCAUGUGGGAAACUGGUCAGAAUUGAAGGAAUGAUGGAUGGUGCUAAAUAAAGGGAAAUUCUUGAGGGAAACCUGUUUCAGUCUUCCAGAGAGUUGAGACUGGGACGGAGGUUCACCUUCCAGCAGGACAAUGACCCUAAGCAUACUGCUAAAGCAACACUCGAGUGGUUUAAGGGGAAACAUUUAAAUGUCUUGGAAUGGCCUAGUCAAAGCCCAGACCUCAAUCCAAUUGAGAAUCUGUGGUAUGACUUAAAGAUUGCUGUUCACCAGCGGAACCCAUCCAACUUGAAGGAGCUGGAACAGUUUUGCCUUGAAGAAUGGGCAAGACUCCCAGUGGCUAGAUGUGCCAAGCUUAUGUAGACAUACCCCAAGAGAUUUGCAGCUGUAAUUGCUGCAAAAGGUGGCUCUACAAAGUAUUGACUUUGGGGGGGGGGGGGGGGGGGGUGAAUAGUUAUGCAUGCUCAAGUUCAGUUUUUUUGUCUUAUUUCUUGUUUGUUUCACAAGAAAAAAUAUUUUGCAUCUUCAAAGUGGUAGGCAUGUUGUGUAAAUCAAAUGAUACAAAACCCCAAAAAAUCAUAUUUAAUUCCAGGUUGUAAGGCAACAAAAUAGGAAAAAUGCCAAGGGGGGUGAAUACUUUCGCAAGCCACUGUAACUGCAGGCAUACCAAAGUCUGAAAUUACAUGGACUCUACCUGGAAGAACCACACUUGUUCACAACAACUGUUUCACACCACAGGGAGGAAUUCACAUGACAGUUGAGGGCAACUUGGUCAUACAAGAUCCAGUGCUUAUGAAUUCAGGGAUUUACAAAUGCAACACAAAAAAUGCUCUAGGAAGUGACUUUAAAGCAACAUAUCUUCAGGUGAUCUGA